UUACGAGCUUUACGCACAGGGCGGGCCUUUCCUUCACCCAGGUUGGGGGUGUAGGCCACUCAGUCAGACAAUCAAAGAUGUUUGAGUUUCCAUGAGCACUGACCACGGAGGUAAACGCGCAGCGCAUUAUAACUUACCCCUCCUCCAGCCCCGAUCACUCCGGCCUCCACACUACAGGGGUUUUUUAAAGUCACAUUUGAUCAGAACAAUGUUUUCUGUUUAAAGAAACUGGUCAUGCGAUGCGAUUUAUUUCUGCCGGUGGAAAGAAAAACUAGAUAAGACCUGUUGGCGAUGAUGGAUUACUCAAAGGCGCAAAUGUCAAGCUUAUCUGAGGAGGGCAGCUCAGCUGGGUGUGCACAGUUCAGUCCUGCUGGGGUGAAGCUGGAGGCGGUGAUGGAGCAGCUGCAGAGACAACAAGAGGCCAAACUGGAGAUGAACCUGCAAGAAAAACAUCUUCUUCAAGCCCAGCUCCUGUUUGCUCAACGCGCUGCUGCAGCGAGAGCCUCUGGCUCCAGAAUGGACUCUGCAUUAUUUGGCAAAGCAGAAGGACAGAUUCAUCAAGCAGCUCAACAAGCUUUGAACAGCCAUCUCAGCAGAAUAGAUCCAGAUGAGGAAGAUGAAGACUCAGAUGAGGAGGAACAGGAAAUGGUGGAGCCUGAAGAGAACGAUGAGGUGGAGGAAGAUGACGAGGAGGAGGAGAACGGGCCUCAUCAGCAGGCGAAGAAGCCUCGGCUCCAGCAGGUUGCAGGCUUCUCCUUCCCUCCUUAUUCCACAUCUCAGUCGUCUGCUGUGAAGCAAAUGUCCGAAUCUCCACCUUCAGCAAUAAAACAGGAGCAUGAGGAGAAGGAGCUGCAGUCUCCCGCAGGCCAACAAGCCUUCACAUCACUCAAUGGCUUCGCUGACUGGGGCUAUGAUGAGCCAUUUAAACAAAGAGGGAGUGCCAUCUGGGCUGAGGAGAAUGAUGGAGGAAAAGUAAGAGGAGAACCAUCCAGGGACUUUGCCAAGCUUUAUGAACUGGAUAAUGACCCACAACGGAAGGAGUUUCUUGAUGAUCUCUUUGUCUUUAUGCAGAAACGAGGAACUCCUGUGAACCGCAUUCCCAUCAUGGCGAAGCAGGUGCUGGACCUGUACAGGCUUUAUAAGCUUGUGACAGAGAAGGGAGGCCUGGUGGAGGUUAUUAACAAGAAGAUCUGGAGGGAGAUCACCAAAGGUCUCAACCUCCCCACAUCCAUCACCAGCGCAGCCUUCACCCUCCGCACCCAGUAUAUGAAGUAUCUGUACCCGUUUGAGUGUGAGAAGAAGGGCCUGAGUUCUCCAGGUGAGCUGCAGGCUGCCAUCGACGGUAAUCGCAGAGAAGGUCGACGUCCCAGCUACACAAACAGCCUGUACCGCUACUCUCCCUCCCCGAGCUCUGCUCCGCACGCCCUCCUCUCCUCACCCACGAUGCAAACCACCCCGACCGGACACAAUGGCCUGAAUACAUCCGCUAGUCCAAAUCUGAAGAGAAACAGGGGUAUGACAGAUGAGACGUCCACCCCUAUAAUACCCAGCCGGCUGCCCAUGGCUCUUGCACUGGGACAGCAGCAGCAGCAGCUGGCACAAGCUGCCACAUUAGAGCAUCUGAGAGAGAGGCUGGAGCGAGGAGCAGGCGGAGCUGCAGCCGACGGUCCAGAGAAGAAAAUGAUGCGGCUGGCGGAGGAGCAGCAACGCCUCAUGCAGCAGGCCCUCCAACAAAACCUCCUGGCAAUUGCCUCUCACUUCAACCCCAUGAACCACAAACUUAACAAUGGACAUGAAAGCAAACAGGAUUUGUCUCAGAGUAUCUCCACUAAUGGCGCAGCCAGUAUCAGUGUAUCUGUGGAGGUCAAUGGCACCACUUACUCAGGAACACUGUUUGCCCAGAAGUCAGCUGCUCCUGUGGCGUCACAGGCUGUAACUCUGGCAGGAACAAGUGGUUUCAGUGCCCUCUCCUCCUCACACAGUCCCCACUCUUCAUCUUCCACCUCCUCAAAUGGACCAAAUUAACACUCACUGUUCUGAGAAAAAUUAUUACACAAUGUACCUCUUAUCAGACAAAAACUGUAUGAAUUCUAGGGAAAAUCAGCUGCAACACAUGAAGCAAUUUAAUUUUUUCUAGCAUUAUUUUCCAUUACUUUGACAGUGUAAUGUGCUUUAAAUGAGUUUUGUCAAGCGGACAUUGAUUUUUGACCUCAUAGGCGUCCAAACUGACUAUAAUGUAGAUUCAGAUCACAGUUUACUUUAGUGCCUGUUAGAAGCUUUUUUUAAAUGAAGUGGCAUUCAUGAGCUUCACAAGGUUUGUCUGUAAAUGUCUUUAGAGCAAACAAAAAGUGCACCGUGAGAACUAAUGCUAAGCCUCUUUGGGUGUCAACUACAUUUAUAGCUAAUUAUCGAACAGUUCUGUGGCUGCCUUUUUCCAUAGUAGAACAGUGUAGUUGCCAAAGUGCAAAAAGCCAAAAAUGAAGACCAAAAAGCCUGUCAAAAGUGUCAUAACCUGUCUGUAACUAUUUUGCUGAAAUCAUGUUUUAUCCCUCCUGGUAAACAUUUGGUUUAACUUGAGUGAAAGUUCAUAGUUUAUACUUUUCACAGCAGCUUUUAGGGAUUAUGUACACCAUCAGUUUCCCCAGAAACAUUGUAUCCUAAAGAAUCAAAUGGAAUUUGAAAUUAAUCGGUUUCAGGUUUGGUGGAAUUUUUUUUAAUGUUUUGUAUUGUGUUUUAUUUUACUUUUUUUAUUUUUUAUUUAAUCAUUUGGUUCAUAUUUACAAAACAGUUUAUUUCAUGUUGGCUGUGAAUCAAAGGCAAAAUGUGAGAGACAAGGUUUCUGCUGGGAGCUAUACGGAGGAUGUAGGUGAUACAAAUUUACCUCAGUUGACUUGACAAUUGACUCAGGAAUGUCCUCUCAACUCAUCACUGUUACACUCAUAAUAUAUUACUGUGUUGUAUUUGUAUAAAUGCAGAGAAUGUAUCGUCAAUGACCUCAAGCUUUUGACAACACUGAAACAGUGCUACCUCACUCUUCUAGAGAAAUAUGCAAUACUUAAUGCAGCAUGUGUUAAUUUAGCCAUCUGCUGAAAUAUACUGUAUCUGGACAAUCGAGCAGACAUACCAUUGCAAACAAAUGUCACUGUGAACUUGACAACUGUUAAAAAAACAACUCUGCUUUGGUCUUUGAUUAACGUAUUUCUUGGACAUGUGGCCAUAAGAAAUAAAACAAUCUUGUGUGCUCUAAA